UAAACCUAACUAUAUAUUUACUUAUUCCCAUGCAAUUAAACCGUUCUUUAAUUUGAUUUUUUGAGAGGGAAGAGUGGGUAAGGUUAACAGAAAAUAAAAGCGGAAACAGAGUUCGCAUUCAAGAAUAUGGCAGAUGCUCUAGACAAUCAGCAAGAAGUUCAGAGAUCAGGAAGCAAUGAAACAGAGUCGAGAUCCAAUGAAGAAACGAAGGGACAAACUCUGGAUAUGAGGCCGAGUGGAUCAGGGACGAGGUCUGUUGAGAAAGCCGUUGUUAGAUACGAUAGAGAUACAAGAUUCCGUGACGCGAACAGGGAAGCAACUCCGGAUAGAGAUCCAAUUGCACAUGCAAUAUACUGGGAAAAGAAAGUGCAAGAACUGAGAGUGAGAAAUGCUGAGAUGAAACAGAGGAGAGCCAAUGAAACAAUACAAAAACAGAGACUGAGAAAUGCUGAGAUGCAACAGAGGAGAGCCAAUAAAACAGAGUCGAUAUCUAUUGAAGAAACAAAGGGAGAAACUGUGGAUAUGAGGCCGAGUGGACCAUGGGAGAAAGCGGUUAUUAGAUACGAUAGAGAUACAAGAUUCUGGGAAGAUAAAAUGCAACAACAGAGACUGAGAGAUGUUGAGAUGCGACAGAGGAGAGCCAAUGAAACAGAGUCGAGAUCCAUUGAAGAAACGGAGGGAGAAACUGUGGAUACGAGGCCGAGUGGAUCAGGGGAGAAAGUGGGACAAACUCGGCCUAGUGGAUCAAGGAGGUGGUCACCAGUUGUUAGAUACAAUAGAGAUACAAGAUCCUGGGAAGAGAACAGGGAAUACUUAGAAUCAAGUGGAAGAGAGAACGAAGCGGUUCAGAUUCGUGAUCAAAACGAGACAUACAUACAACAGAGACAGAGAGAUGAUGAGAUGCAACAGAGGAGAAGCCGUGAAACAGAGUCGAUAUUCUUUCAACAGCAGAAGAACAGGGAAUACGAAUGCUCUGGUUCAAGAAUGAACGAAGCGGGUCCGAUUCGUGACCCACGCAUACUUGAGAAUCUGAGAGAUUUUGGGAUGCAACAGAGGAGACGCCAUGAAACAGAGUGGAGAUUCCAGAAACAACAGAAUAGGGCUGAAGCUCCUGAUUUGGGAUACAAAAGAAGAAGAUUCGAACAGGAGCAGUAUCCAACUCGUCCCCGUAUUAAAAAAGGAGUUUGUCACUUUUAUCUAAAAAAAGGUUGGUGUGGCUUUGGAAGUGAUUGCGUUUUCAAACAUCCUACUCCGAGUUGGAGAUUUGACGAGAGGAGAUACGAAACAGAGGUUCCAGAGAAUAUGGCUAGAACAGUGUACGGGAGGGAGAGUGGGUCCACAUGGAGAUUCGAUGAGGAAAGAGAGUCAGGAUAUGGAGAGGCUCAAGAGAAUAACAUUUGGUGGCAGAGGAGAGAAGAUCCAGAGAAUGUGUGGGAACAGAGAGACAGCACUGCUGGGUGGCUGAGUUAUGAUGAGAGACGGAGAAAUCCUGCAACUGGGGAGAUUCUUAUGCGUCCUCCAAGGAGAAUGGAACAGAGAGAUAGGGAGAGGGAGGUGAGAAAUGAAGGGGCUCAUAACAGAGAGUCAUCACCACAACUUGGGACUGAAAGAGAAGAGAGUGAUGGAAUUUAAAGAGGAAACAGAGUUAAUAAACAUAUCAAAGAUGAUUCCUUUUGGCGCAAGAAAUUAUGUGUCUUGUGAAUUUUUAUUUGCUUAUGGUCUAUCUUUACUGUAUUAAAAGAUGCACAUGUUAGAUUUUUUUUUUUCUUUUGCGAAAAACCGGGGGGGGGGGGGGGGGUUUAAAUCAACUAUAUCAGAUGUACUUGUGGUAUUAUAAAAACCUUCAAAAUUAUAAUUA